AUGAAAGUAAUUUUCUGGAAUCUCAGAGGCCUUAGAAUAAUCAAGGUCAGAGAUAAACUUAGGAGUUUAGUAAAAUCUUUUAAUCCUUCUUUAGUUAUUCUUGCAGAACCAAAAGUUCACUAUUCUUCAGAUUUCUGUAAAAAGUUAAAGUUAGCAGGAAUGCAUUAUGAAGCCAUACACAAUUCAAGUAAUGGAGAUAAAGGUAAUAUAUGGAUUAUGUGGUGCUCAUCAAUUCAGAAACCAAAAUUUAUUCAUUCAUCGGAACAAUCAAUUACAGUGGAAGUAGGGGACUCUUUGAUUAUUGGUAUACAUGCAGCAUCUUUAACUGUUCAAAGAAGAAGCUUCUGGAAUGACUUGUUAACUAUUAGCAUUUUAAAUAAGCCAUGGUUAGUUAUGGGUGAUUUCAAUACUGUUAUGAAAGCAGAUGAGAAGAAGGGUGAGUUAAAACCUAUGUUGAUUUCAAUGCUGGAGUUUAACAAUUGCCUUCAUAGCUGUGGUCUGAUUCAAGCUCCAAAAAAUGGUCUGCAAUUCUCAUGGUCUAAUAACAGAGCAGGUAAAAAGAGGAUUAUUUGUAAUUUAGACAGAGUUGUAUUUAAUGAUAAAUGGCUAGAAAAGUUCUCCAGUUGGGGCUACAAAGUUGGUAGUAGAGGUGUAUCAGAUCAUAGUACCUUAUCUGGAGGUUCUGCUGAAAUUCCAAAACCAAUUAACACACCUUUUAGAGCAAUGAAAGUUUGGAAGUCUCAUCCUGAUUUCUUAAAAGUAAUUACUCAAUCUUGGGGGCAAUGUCUUGAAGGUAAUCCUAUUUUUGUGUUUAUGAGUAAAAUGAAAAGAAUGAAAAGGGAUUUGAAGGAAUGGAACUGGUUGGUUUUUGGGGAUGUGAAUAAGAAAUUGAAGCAGGUAGAGGAUGAACUAAUGAAGACUACUGUUGAAUCAGAUGAAGAUCCCUCAAAUACAACUCUUCUAAAUAAGCUCAUUACUGUAAGGGUCCAACAAGAAAUAUUACUCCAGCAACAAAAAGAGAUUAUACAUCAGAAAUCAAGAGUGAGAUGGAUAAAAGAUGGAGCUUCAAACUCAAGAUAUUUCCAUAUACAGAUGAAACUAAGGGAGGCUCAAAAUAUGAUUAUAGAACUUGAAAAUGAUGCAGGUAUAAUUAUUACUGAUACAAAAGAGAUUGCAAAUGAGCUGGUAAAACAUUAUGAAACAAAAUUCAAAUAUCAGGAGGUUGAUAUAGAUGAAAGUCUUUUUGAGUGUAUUCCAAAUGUUAUUACUAGAGAAGAAAACAUGAUGAUUAAUUCCAUUCCUUCUGAAGAAGAAAUCAAAGCUGCAGUGUUUGAGUUAAAUCCUGAGAGUGCACCAGGGCCAGAUGGGUUUGCAGUGAAGAAUGCAAAAACACCUAAGCAAUUCAGACCAAUUGGUCUCAUGAACUUCAGUUUUAAAGUUUUUACCAAAAUUUGGGCUAAAAGGUUAGAGAAGGUGAUUAACAAAGUAGUAUCUCCUCAGCAAGGAGCUUUUAUAAAAGGGAGAACAAUUCAAGAGCAAGUAGCACUGGCAUCUGAGAUGAUAAAUGAAAUUGACAUUAAGAGGAGAGGUGGAAACUUUGGUUUAAAACUUGAUAUUACUCAAGCAUAUGACUCCCUUAGUUGGAAAUUUUUAUUUCAAUCUCUACACAGCUUUGGUUUCUCAGAUGAAGUACUACAAUGGCUGCAAGUUCUAUUGAAAUCUGCAAGAGUAUCAGUAUUAGUCAAUGGAGGACCUUAA